AUGCAACGUAAGCGGAGGGCGAACGUGCCUCGUCUGGGAGGCUGGGCAACUGGGGAUGUCUUUUGUAGGAAGCGGGGGCCCUGGGACUAUGUGGCUGAGGCGCUGUCCGUGCCGAGAACACUCUUGGGUUUCCCCAGCCGGAUUCCUCUGAGGCCUGCGCUCCAGGGGAACAGGACUGAUGAGAAGUUGAGUGAGGAACUGACGGUGUGGCGAGAGAUCCCGCUGUGUGCUGGCUGUGACCAGCACAUCCUGGACCGCUUCAUCCUUAAGGCUCUGGACCGACACUGGCACAGCAAGUGCCUCAAGUGCAGUGAUUGCCACACGCCGCUGGCCGAGCGCUGCUUCAGCCGCGGGGAGAGCGUCUACUGCAAAGACGACUUCUUCAAGCGCUUCGGGACCAAGUGUGCCGCAUGCCAGCUGGGCAUUCCGCCCACACAGGUGGUGCGCCGAGCCCAGGACUUUGUGUACCACCUGCAUUGCUUCGCCUGCGUGGUGUGCAAGCGGCAGCUGGCCACGGGGGAUGAGUUCUACCUCAUGGAGGACAGCCGGCUGGUAUGCAAGGCGGACUACGAGACAGCCAAGCAGCGAGAGGCCGAGGCCACGGCCAAGCGGCCGCGCACCACCAUCACAGCCAAGCAGCUGGAGACGCUGAAGAGCGCCUACAACACCUCGCCCAAGCCCGCGCGCCACGUGCGGGAGCAGCUCUCCUCCGAGACCGGCCUGGACAUGCGCGUGGUGCAGGUGUGGUUCCAGAACCGCCGGGCCAAGGAAAAGAGGCUGAAGAAGGACGCGGGCCGGCAGCGCUGGGGGCAGUAUUUCCGCAACAUGAAGCGCUCCCGCGGCAGCUCCAAGUCGGACAAGGACAGCAUCCAGGAGGGGCAGGAUAGCGAUGCCGAGGUCUCCUUCACUGAUGAGACUUCCAUGGUAGACAUGGGCCCAGCCAACAGCUUGUACAGCAGCCUAGGGGAGCCCACCCCAACCUUGGGCCGGCCUGCAGGAAGCCUGGGCAGCUUUGCGCUAGAGCACGGAGGCCUGACUGGUCCAGAGCAGUACAGAGAGCUACGCCCUGGCAGCCCCUAUGGCAUUCCCCCAUCCCCUGCAGCACCCCCAAACCUCCCUGGCUCCCAGCCCCUCCUCUCCACUUUGGUUUACCCAGACACCAGCUUGGGCCUUGUCCCUUCAGGGCCCCCAGGUGGGCCCCCACCCAUGAGGGUGCUGGCAGGAAACGGACCCAGUUCUGACCUGUCCACCGAGAGCAGCGGGGGUUACCCCGAUUUCCCUGCUAGCCCUGCCUCCUGGCUGGACGAGGUGGACCACGCUCAGUUCUGACCAAGGCUCCCUGGCUCCAUUGGCUUGGACAGGAGGGAUCUUAGUGCUGCCCUGGCUAGGCAGCUAAUGGGCCCAUGAUGUCCAUUCCGGGGGACCUCUGAGGGGAAGCAGGACAGAGUUGGAGAGUGAGAGCCUCCCUGCUGCUGUUGCCAGACUCUCAGGCUCCUCCCAGGGGAUGAGGGGCUUCCUGACCCUUCCUUGGACAAAGAGGCGGCUGUCUGGUUGCUGCCCACAGGCCAGUGACUCUUGACCAUGUUUUGUAAGCAAUUCUCCCCCUUUAUUGACCAGUUAACAGAACACUUGCUGCUGCCUCUGACAGGACAGGAGGCCCA